GGCCGGGCAGGUUCGAGUACGGACGGGGAAGAACGGUACUGCUAGAUAGUACAAAACCAGUGUUUAUUAAUUUUUCAACAACAAGAACAUCAACAUUUAAGAAGGAGAGCCCAGUCCGUAGCUCCGAGAAGCAUCGACCACUUAUUUCUCUUGUCCUUCACGACCAAGUAGGAGCGCAGCAAUGCUUUCAUCUCAGGAGAGGAAUUACUCGUAGGCAUCAUCAUCUAUCCAUUUAACAACAGGCUCGCGACCUGGACCUCCACGACGCCGAUCGAAGCCUUCCUUGACGAGGACGCCCACCACGAAGAUCAACCCGCCUCUUGCCAGGAUCAGGAAAUAGUAAAUGUAUGAUGCAAUUCAAUUUCUCUGAAAAUGUUUUCUCGUAUAGCAGUGCUUUAGCUUUUUUCUUCAAUCUACACCGUAGGGGUUUUCAUUUUAUUUUUUUAUUUUUUCAUUAUCUUUCCGUUCCCCCACCCUGUUGCUGUUCUAUGCCACCCCCCGUCUGGUUGAAAAUGGCGUUUUCUUCCAAAAUUAUUGGCCAAGCUGGGGCCGCGUCCUGGAAGAUUAUCAGCCAGUACCGUCGGGCCGGGCUACGUGCAGUAGCCUUGUAA